AUGGGCGUCGUCUCGGCGGUGGCGGACGCGGUGGUCGCCCUGUUCUGCCUCACCAUCACGCUAUCAUUCCCACUGUUAGGCGCGCAGUCCGUCCUCCGGCGCAGCCUCUACCCGGCGCCGUUGCAGGACUUCAAGCGGUGGUACGCCGACGAGUUCGGCGACUACCUCCUGGCCCAGCCGCCGGCCUUCCUCCGCGGCCUCUUCUGGCUCGAGCUCACCUUUCUCUGGCCGCUCACCGUCGCCACACUCUACGGCGUCCUCGCCCGCCGCCGCUGGGCUGCCACCACCUCCCUCAUGGCCGGCGUCUCCACGCUCACCUCCACGUCUGCAAUACUUGGUGAAAUAUUGAGCUCAGGAAGGGCAACACCGAGGCUGCUUCAGUUGUAUGUUCCAUACAUUGUGUUCGCUGUAAUUGCCAUUUUGCGUGGUCUCUGCUCAUGCUCAGCGCCAUCGCUUGCAUCUUCUGCUCAGAAGAAGAAGAAGAAGAGGGUCUAGAUUAAAUUUGCAUUUCCGAUACUUCACGGAAUUAAUAUCCGGCUGGAGCAUGCCGUCAUGUGCGACAUGAUUUCUAGUUUCGCAAUACACUUUGUAGUACCUGAUUUCUCAGAAUAUUGGAUGCGUGUUGCUCUUUUUUGUUUGUUCAUGGACUUGUAUUUCUUGUACUGUACUGAACUUGUAAAAUUUUGUA